AUGGGUUUCAAACGGCCGCGCGAGUCAAAGAAUGCUGGCUCGCAGUCGAGCAAGCGGAAGAAGACCAGCGCUUCUAAGAAAGUGAUUGAAAACCCGGAGGUCGAGGAUGUCAGUGUCGCGAUUGACGAUCUCAAUUGGAAGGAGGUAACAUUACCGGACAAACUCGACGACUUUACCGGAUUCUUUGGCUUGGAGGAGAUUGAGGGAGUGGAUGUUGUUCGUCCGGAAGGGAAAGGAGAUCUCCGAUUCAAGGUACGGAAUUCUACAUCUCCAAGCAGUCCCCGACUAAACCGGUAUCAGGCCGCCCGUGGAAAGCCAGCCAAGUCCAUCCUGAAAAAUCCCAACGCAAAGCCCGAGACAACGUUCGACGACGAGUGGAGCGGCUUUAGUGACGAUGAACCUGCGAACGAGAACGGCGGUGCGACGGAGACACCGGACGAAGAACCCAAGGCGGCAGGCGUGAAGGACAAGAAGGACGAGAAAACAAAGAAGAAGGAGGCGCAAAAGAAGGAGAAGAAGGACGCCCAAAAGGAGACGAAGAAGGAGCAAAAAGAUCGGAAACAAAAGAAUGGCACCAACCUGAAAGACCGCGACAUCAAACCUGGGCUGUCAUUCGCCGCCCUUGAGGACGAGGAGGAGGACGAUGGGGCGGAUGUUUCUGCUUGGGAGUCGCUGGGUCUUUCACCAGAAACUUUGGCCAGUCUCUCGAAGCUCAACUUCGGUACUCCGACAACUGUUCAGAAGGCCUGCAUACCCCCAAUUCUGGAUGGUCACGAUGUUAUCGGCAAGGCGUCUACGGGUUCCGGAAAGACUCUGGCGUUCGGCUUACCUAUCCUGGAACAUUAUCUCGAGCAAAUACGAAAUGGAGAACGGAAUGAAUCGGAGAAGAAAGAGGAUAAGAUCCCAAUUGCGCUGAUUCUCUCGCCGACAAGAGAACUUGCGCAUCAGCUCCAGAAGCAUAUUUAUAACCUGGUCUCAAACGCCCCGGGGGUGAAUCCUCGAAUCGCGCUUCUAACUGGUGGUCUCUCCGUGCAGAAGCAGCAAAGGUUGCUCAACGGCGCUGACAUUGUCAUCGGUACACCAGGUCGUGUCUGGGAAGUCCUCAGUUCGGGGACAGGGCUGAUCAAGAGGAUGCAAGGCAUUAAAUUUCUUGUUAUUGAUGAAGCCGAUCGGCUUUUGAGUGAAGGGCACUUUAAGGAGGUUGAAGAUAUUCUAAGCUCGCUCGACCGCGUUGAAGAUACGGAUAUGCCUGAUGAGGCAGACUCAUCGGAUGAUGAAGAGAUUAAACCUGGUUCUGAGAGACAGACACUGGUUUUCUCGGCUACCUUCCACCGUGACUUGCAGCAGAAGCUUGCAGGAAAAAGCAAGUGGACUGGCGGAGAUAUCAUGAACAAGAAAGAGUCUAUGGAGUAUCUUUUGCAAAAGCUGAAUUUCCGGGAAGAGAAGCCGAAAUUCAUCGACGUCAACCCUAUUCAGCAGAUGGCCGAAGGUCUCAAAGAAGGAAUCGUCGAAUGCGCUGCUAUGGAAAAGGAUCUUUACCUAUACACAUUACUUAUGUACCAUCCUAAGCAUCGGACACUCGUCUUUACAAACUCCAUUUCCGCUGUUCGCCGCAUAACCCAACUCCUCCAGAAUCUACAACUUCCCGCCCUGGCUCUUCACUCGUCUAUGGCGCAAAAGGCCCGAUUACGUUCAGUUGAGCGCUUCUCCUCUCCAACUGCGAACCCCGGAACGAUCCUUGUUGCCACUGACGUUGCGGCUCGUGGUCUCGAUAUCAAGGGGAUUGAUUUUGUCGUCCACUACCACGCCCCACGCACUGCAGAUACAUAUGUCCACCGUUCAGGUCGUACCGCUCGUGCGGGCGCCUCAGGAAAAAGUGUUAUCAUCUGCGCUCCAGAGGAGAUGGUGGGAGUGGUCCGCCUGGCCGCCAAGGUUCAUGCCAACAUGGCUAAUAAAAAGCGACUACCGCUGGAAUCCCUUGAACUAGACCGCCGAGUGGUCUCGCGCAUCCGCCAGCGGGUAACUCUUGCGGCCCGUCUCACAGAUUCCAACAUCGCCAAAGAAAAGAUUUCUACAGAGGACAACUGGCUUCGAAAUGCUGCAGAAGACCUCGGUGUCGACUACGACAGCGAAGAGUUUGACCAAGCUGAAGGUCGUGGUCGUGGCCGCGGCCGUGGACGACACGAGCGUGACCGACAAAAUAGCACUAUUUCCAAGGCUGAACUUGCUGGAAUCCGCGCGGAGCUGAAACAACUGCUGUCUCAACGUGUGAAUAUUGGAGUCAGCGAGCGAUACCUUACCUCGGGACGUGUUGAUAUUGAGGCUUUACUGCGGGGAGAGGGUAACAACUCGUUCCUCGGCCAGGUUGAUGCACUGGACUUUUAG